GGACACCUACUCGAGUACAUGACCCCACCACUCACAUCCUUCCGACCCCCACCCACUCUCCACAACACCUCUGCUACUACCGGUACUGUGAACCUCACCGUUAACGCUUUAUCCCACCCAGCUCUUCUAUCGUGGUGGCCUCCUUUGAUUUCGUUGAGCCUUCUCUCCACUGGUCCGUCUUGAAUCGCCGAGCAUACGAUGGCAGCCCGCAAUCGCCCUAGAGCCCCCUUGAAGGAAGAAGUCGAUGCGCACGAGGAGCGCGAUCUCUGGACAAAGAUCGUGGUAGAGCUCCAGGAGCUCCGGCUCAUGUCCGGGCGCGUCCAAGAGCUCAUAAUCGAAAUCCAGCGGGAAGAGGAACGUCAGGCAGAAGCCGGUUAGUUUAACACUUCCAGCCGAAAUUCUGAUAUUACGCAUGGUCUCUCAAUUUACAUGCACUGGGGUUUUUUCUUACCCAAUGCCAGCGCCAUUUGCUAAUCCCGUCUGCAGAUGCAUCUCUGGAGGAUCUAAGGCUUCUCAAGAAAUUAUAUACCGAGCACUAUGAGCUCGCGGAGAAGGAGCAGCAGUAGGCAUCGAGUGCGCUCGACUUACUAUAUAGAAAACUAACAAAACGUUAGGACCCUACAAUCUGUUUUAGAAUGGAACGAUCUUCUCAUAGCUCUAAGGACUGCUACAGAAGGCGGUGACAGAGGAGGUAAGAAAUUUUGAUUCUUCUUACACUUCACCCUUUGCCCUUUUUUGUAAUUAUUAGACCGCGCCACCCCCAUAUUGUGCGUUUACCGUAUCCUUUUUGGUGCCCACCCGGCCCUCGGCCUCUCUAUACUGUUUUCUCCAUAUUUUCCCGAAUUAAGCUGACCAUUUGCUCCCUCUACCCAUAGGCGAGAAGAAGCGCAAGCGCAAGCUUGACGACGCCGUUGCUGCCGACAGCCCAUCCAACCGAAAUACCAAGGUUGCCAGAAGCAUGUCCGCAGCGCCCGAUGCACACAAUGGCCUCCAGAAAGAUUCCGAGGUCGCAUACCGCCUCCCGAAACAAAAAAAUGCCGAGGGCAUGUGGAUUCAGUGCAUCAUAGUCGGCAUUAUUGUGGAUGGGAAUAAGCGAAGGUAUGAGGUCUCCAAAAUCGCUGCUGCACCGUUCCCAGGGAACAUAGUUCACACAGCGCUCCCUUAGGUAUGAAGUACAGGAUCCGGAGCCAGACGAGGCUGGAGGUCACGGGACUACAUACAAAGCUUUUGCCAGUGCAUUGAUCCCAAUCCCCAAGGACUCUGCCGGGCUGUCACCAUACCCUAUUGGCAAACAAGUUCUCGCAAGAUACCCGGAAACAACAACCUUUUAUAGAGCUGAGGUGAUGGGAACAAAGGCAAGUCACAUGUCCCGCGGCCCUCCACGCAGGCAAAGCUAACGCUCGGAACAGAGAGAUGGCACCUGCAGACUGAAGUUUGAGGGCGAGGAAGAGGUUGGAAAGGAAACCGAGGUUGAACGAAGGCUCGUUUUAGAUGUCGGAAACAAGUAAUUGUGGCGCAGUGACGACAGCCCUCCUCCAUAGGGGCUGACUUGUCGAGUGCCGGUGGGCUCGCCCAACAGCAGACGGGCGGGUGGAUACUCUUUAUUUACCCUCUCGAUUCUCGUUAUUAAAGAUUUCUUGAUGUUUUUUUCUUUCUUUUUUUCCUUCUUUCCUCUCGAUUUAUGUCUGGUAGUGGGACGGGACGGAGUUUUUUGGCAUGUAUCAUCAGUUGGGCUAUUUUCAAUGUAAGACUUGGGCGAGCGAUCAGUCCCAGCAAUUACACACACACACACAAGCGGUUUAUUUCACCCACCAAGCUUCCCACAUACCGGGGUGACUUUUUCGUACUUUUCCUACUUUCCGCACUUUUCUGCUUGUUUUUUUUGCUUAUCUUUUUGGAUGCAUAAAAGUACUGUACCCCCUCGAAAAAUAAACCAACAGUUAAUUU